AUGACCACACCGCGCUGCUUCAUCGUCCGCCACGGCGAAACCGAGUGGUCCCUGUCCGGCAAGCAUACGGGCAGCACCGAUAUCCCACUGACCAAGAACGGCGAGAAGCGUGUGCGCGCCACGGGCAGGGCUUUGAUAGGAGACGACCGCUUGAUCGUGCCUAGGCAGUUGGUGCAUAUCUACGUCUCACCGCGUCGUCGUGCGCAGCGAACCCUUGAGCUUCUCAAUUUGGGAUGCCACGACCCGUAUCCGUGGCAAACCACCGGCACCGGCACCGGCAAGCAUGAUGACCAGUCUCCAACCCACGGCCAUAUUGAGUCCAGCCCGCCACGACACCGGACGGACGCGCGCGUCACCGUCGACGACCGCAUCGCCGAAUGGGACUACGGGGACUACGAAGGCGUGACGAGCGCCGAGAUCCGCGACCGGCGCCAACGCCAGAACCUGCCGCCGUGGGAUAUCUGGCGCGACGGCUGUCCCGGCGGCGAAUCGCCCCAAGACAUCAUCCGCCGCGUCGACAGUCUGAUCGCCGACAUUCGCGACCGCUACCACGUCCCCGUCAUCGGGAAGCCCAAGGACCCGGCCGUCUCCGGCGACGUCAUGGUCGUCGGCCACGGUCAUAUCCUGCGCGCCUUUGCUAUACGUUGGGUCGGCAAGCCGUUGACCGAAACCGCCUUGAUCAUGGAGGCCGGCGGCGUCGGCACCCUGAGCUACGAGCAUCAUAAUAUUCACGAGCCUGCCAUUCUGCUGGGCGGCGGUUUUGUCGUUGGCGAGGACGAGGAUGAUGAGAAGGACGAGAUUGAGACUCGUGUUCGGGACACUCGGGACGCUAAGAACUAG